AUGUUUCCUUCAGUUGAUCAUCGCCUUGCUAUCCUCACCGUCUUACCUGCUUCUGUUGUUGUCAUCACAUUGCUCAAGAGGAUCAUUGGGAACCGACAGAACAAACUUCCCCCUGGCCCCGUGCCACUCCCACUGUUAGGAAACGUCUUGUCUCUCGACACCAAGGCGCCAUGGUUGACUUAUACCGAAUGGGCUACUACUUAUGGAGACUUGUUUUUCGUGCGACUUCUAGACCAGGAAGUCGUGGUGAUCAGUUCUCAGCAGGUUGCAGAAGCAUUGCUGGACAAGCGUUCUCGCAUUUAUUCCGACAGACCAUACGUAGCCACGCUCGAGCCGUUUGGUUGGUCUGUCAACUUUGCAUUCACAGCUUAUGGUGACGAAUGGCGUCUUUGUCGACGACUCUUCCACCAAACUUUCCAUCCCGACUCCGCGCUCAAGUUUCGUCCAAUGCAGAUCACGCGGGCUCGUGAGAUGAUUGUCAAUCUAAUUGAUGACCCUCAACAUUAUCAUUCUCACUUCGCAACAUUCUCAUCAUCUGUUGCGAUGUCAGUGACAUACGGCUACCAAACCAGUCCUCGUGAUGAUCCUCUGGUUCGAAUCGUAGAAAAUGCAAUGGCUAUUGGCCUCGAGGUGAUCACCCCAGAGAGAGCAAUCUUACUUAAAAUCUUUCCCUUCUUUUUGAGAUUACCUGACUGGUGCUGGGGAUCAGCGAUCAAACGCGAUGCUCAAGUUUCGACCCAUCUCAUGGCUGAAAUGAAGGACCUUCCGUUUCAAUAUGCGCAGGACCAUAUGGCUGAAAACUUGUCCCUUGGCCAGGUUUCAAUGGUAUCAGAUAAUUUGCAACGGAUGGAGAAGCCAGAUCAGGCAUCAAAACCCAUCUUCGAGACUGCCUUAAAGAAAGCAGCGACUACUGCUAUUAUAGGUUCAUAUGAAACGACCACGUCGACCUUGAUGACUUUUGCUCUCGCCAUGGUAUUGUAUCCAGAUGUCCAGAGACGUGCACAAGCGGAGAUCGACUCAGUGGUUGGAGGAGAUCGCUUGCCUACAUUUGAAGACAGAGCCUCCCUACCCUACAUCGAAUCAGUCCUGCGGGAAACCUUGCGAUGGCAGCCCGCUGUACCCCUUGGUGUUCCACAUGCCACUAUGAGUGAUGAUACAUAUGAUGGUUAUUUCAUUCCGAAAGGAGCAACUGUCGUGUGCAAUACAUGGGGCAUCUCACGGGAUGAAAAACGGUACCCUGAUGCAUCUCGUUUUAUGCCGGAGAGGUUCUUAGACGUGAGCGGCGCACUAACGAACGAUAACCCCGCUGGAUAUAUUUUCGGCUUUGGCCGGCGUGGAUGUCCAGGCCGAUAUGCUGCCGAUGCCUCUCUGUGGUCCGCUAUUGUUACUAUGUUGGCCACGGUGGAGAUUUCUUCUGCCAAAGAUGAUCAGGGUAAAGUGAUCGAAUUCACCCCCCAAUUCACGACGGGAGCCACUCGCGCCCCUAUGGUCUUCCCUUGCAAUAUCUCAUCACGCUCUCGUACCCAUUCGGAACUUGUGCAUGUUUUCCAAACAGAAGUAUGA